CUUUCUACUGCAGCGCUGUAGGUUAGGUGAACCGGUGGUGUACAUGUGUACUACAAACGAAAACACCAUUGCUCGAAGCCGAAGAACGCAAGCGAAAGACGAAGAAUAAGCAAGACUUUCAAGUGGUUUCAUCAGCCAUAAAUUACCAGUAGAAAAAUGAGUUUUUUCAAUUUUUUUCGUGGCUUUUUCGGAUUUCCACCGGAUGGCAACGCCAACAGGCGGGGAGAUUUGCCUGAUGAACGACAACCCAAUGGAUUUCGAAACCCAAUUUGGAGUCAAGAUGACGAUGAUGAUGACGAUGAAGAUUUUAGUUUCCUUAAUAGAGGGCCGAGAAGUCGUUCUUUUCGUGUUGACAGCAAUCCGUUAGAAAUUCAUCGUUUCUUUGAACAACAAAUUGAGGAUAUGAUGAGAAGUUUUGGUGCUUUUGGAUUUGGAAGUUUUGGAUCAAGAGACUUUUUCUCUUUGGAACCACCUCCUAUGGAGUCAGAACCUGAUUCAUUUGCAGGACCAAGUGAUGCUUUCAAAGGCAGUUUACGUGAACAGUACUUGAAACCAGGAUAUGAGAGUGACAGCGGUCGAGGAAAAAAUGAAAGGAAGAUGGAUAGCGAUCUGGAUGAUCAGGUUCCAGCUGGUGAGGUUAGCAAGAUUCUACGCCAAGGACCUCGUUUGGAUGUGAUUGAGCCUGAGAGAGCCCAGCCUUUUGGUUCAAUUGUCGCCAGGUCUUUUGGACGAUCCAUGACCAGCAAAACCGUGAGCAGGCCCAAUGGCGGUAUUGAACAUCAUAAGUCAGUGCGUGACAGUUCCGGAAAUGAAGAAGUUACUGUAACACGCUCAAUUGGAGGCCAAAGUUACACCAUUACCACCAAAACAGAUGCACAGGGAAAACAAGAACGCAUUGAAAAUUUUGUUAACAUGGAUGAAGGUGACCUGAAGGAAUUUGAGAAGAAGUGGGGAAGUAAAUUGUGAACUUCUCUGGUAACCUAACUCAUGAUUGUCUUUUGUAUAUACACUACAAACUGUUCUUAAUGGGAUGUUGAAACUAAGUAAGAUCUGGGUUAUACAUAUUGUUCAUGGUGUAUUUUGUUCCGAGGUCUGUUGUAAAUUUGUUGUAUAUUUUCGUUUUACGAUAUAAGCAGUAUAGAGAAUUUAAGGCCUUCUGUGCUGGAGGGUUUAUUCCAUAAAGGUGGUUACAAAUUACCUUAACGUGAUUAAAUCACUAAAAUAAAGAUUAUAUUUGCCCCCAAUUUAUUUAUUUUUUGUGAGAACCUCUGUAAGAAACAAGUCAUAUUAUUGAAAUAUUGCCUUGGUAUUUCUUUUGACUUUCCACUACCCAAUUAAUUAUAUGAAAUCAAUGCUUGUAGAAAAGACAGAUUCAUACCCAAAAUGAAGACAAAGUUAUUCGAUUAGGUUGAGGCUUUCAUAAUUUGACUUGUUGGAAGGACUGCUAUACCAUUCUUUCACUCCCCUUAAUAUAAAGAAUAAUAUAUUUCACAACAUUUGCUGUUGCUCCCCAUACGUGAAGAUUAAACUAUUUUUGAGAAUCUUGAAAAUUAGUUUUGUUUUUUAAACUUACCUAUGCCACUGCUUUAUCAUUUAUUACAUAUUUAAUGUUGCCACCUUGCUGUUUGUAAUGUUUUGGCAAGAUUGUGUAUUAAAUCAUGACUUUUUCCCUUCAACACAUGCAUAGUUAGGGAGUUGUUUAUUAAAAUACAUAGACUACAAAAUAGGCAAGUUUCCUAAUAAAUGAUUGGUAUUUAUUUUGAAUUUUCAUUAGGUGAAAUUUUCCAACAUUACCUGCCUACUCCUUUCUAGUUGAUAAUUUUGUAAACUUGUAAUGAAGGUUUAUUAAAAAUAAAGUUAUGGUUUGCAGUAUAUUAGCCUUUAUUUGUUGAAUGGGUAUUUCUUCUAUUAAUUUCAUUGGGAAUUUUACAACUGGUGCAAUUUUACUUCAUCAAAUUGAAAACAUUUGGCAAUGCACCAAAUCUGUUUAUUGCACAGUAACAAUUAUAUUUUAACAUCUUGAAGUUAAAUUUAAAGUAUUUUAACAAUAAUCCUACUGAAAUUACCUGUCUGAUGGAGAUGCAAGAUACGUCUUUUUAUGAAAAGGCAAGAACAUGCAUUAUUUACAUGCCUUUUCAUAGAAGUACAUAAAAUAACAAUUGUGAAUCAAAGGUUAAUUACUUUCAAUAUGUUACAAAACACCUUCCAUCAAUUGCAUUUCCAUAUUUAAAUUACAUAACAGUUUAAAAAUUGUGAUGCACAUAGCAGAACAGAACUUGCAAAACACAAAACAUCACACUAAAAACAAUACAAACUUUUAUCUUUGGCUUUGGCACUGUAAAAGUUUAUCACACACGGCUAUCCGAUUUUCAAUUGGCGUGCAGUACGAUGUAGAGUCGAAAACUUAGGCUGAAAUGUUUUUAUACACAGCAGCUGUGACGUUUCCUUCGUGUUGAAUGAGGCAAGUUUUACUAUCACUUUCCAGAGAUAUUACUGGAGGCGGCAGGUCAGGAUGAAGCUUUCCAACUUGAUCGGCAAUUGCUUUGAUGAUUCCUGAACUUUCUUUGGAAGCUUUCCCAGUCACUCCCAGACAUAAACCUUUGUUGUCUGCUAGAACGCAACCAGUCACACCAUUCACCUGACCUAUUUCCUUCAGGCACUUGUUCAAAUCCAUCGUAGAAACUCCUGGGAAAAAUCACCAGUGUAAUUAAUGUGGAGGAAAGAGUACAGUACAAUUCCUUUUGCAACUUACGAACGCCUACGACUGAGCCCUACUCAUAAUGUACACACCACAGUAAGUUCGGGCUGCGUACAAGCACGAGACAUCUGAUUU